AUGACCACAAGUUCAUUUGGUAAACAUAACGAUGGAAUUAUUGCUGCUUUUGGUGAUUUUAACUCCGACGAGCUAACUGAUGUAUUUGUAAUUAAUGGUUCAAGUGUUAAUGUACUCUUAGCUCACGAUAAAGAACCAUUUUUGCGACCUUCGACUUUUGUUUGUACUUAUAGUAACUUUGUUAUAACAAGUAUAGUGCCAGGUGACUAUGACGGCGAUGCAUAUAUGGAUAUACUUUUCACCACUCAAAUUAAAAAUUCCACUUCUAAUUUACAUGAAGUAAGAAUUCUGUGGGGUGGGUCAACUGCUUUAAACUGUUCAGAUGGCAUUUUGAUCAAGGCUACUACAAUGGGUCAACCUUUAGUAUUAGAUUAUAAUCGUGAUAUGAUAUUAGAUCUGUUUGGUAUUAAUGCUCAGGAACAAAGAGUAUUUUGGAUAUUUGAUAAAUCUAGAACAUCUCCUAUUGAAAUAUUGAUGAGUGAUAGUUUGCAGUUUAAAGAAAUAAAACUUCCACAUUCUCAUUCAUUUUUAGAUGUAAAUGAUGAUAAUGCUGCCGAUUUAUUAGUCACUACUAAAUUGAAUGUAGAAGUGUGGUUAAGUGAAGAAAGAAGUGGAUUUAUAUUUAAUAACAGUAUUGAAUUACUUGUAGGACAACCUACUAUAUAUGGGCAAGCUUUAUUUACUGAUGUUGCUUUAUCUGGACAAUUCUUUUUGGUUAUACCUGUAUGCUAUGAUACAGAAUGUGUAAAUAGUACUAUUUUCAUAUUUGACAAUAAUCAAUGGCAUGACUUACAAGUUGACUUUAAUGAUGGUAAGGGAACUUUAUGGAGAUUCAGCCCUCCCAGAGAUGAAGUUUAUUUAGAUUCAAUAACAAUGAGAAGUGGAGACUACAAUAUGGAUGGUUACCCAGAUAUUCUAAUGACUCUUAGUCCAGUAAAUAGUAAUGAAACUGCUGUUUUUUUACUGCACAAUAUUCCUUGCAAUUUAGCAGGAUGUAAAUUUUCAAGAACUUUUCAAGUACAAUGGGAUAAGUUUGACUCAUUUGGAAAAAAUGUUGUAAUGGCUACGUUUUAUGACUUUUACAUGGAUGGCGUUCUUGAUAUAAUAUAUGUUAAGAAAAACAUUUCAACUCAGUCAUACACAAUGAAUGCAUUCAGAAAUGAGCUAGAAUAUGACACAAAUUUUAUUAAGGUAAUUGUUGUUACUGGUCUUAGCAACGCUAAAAUACCCAUAAUCAAUGGGACACUUUACAAUAGAAAGGUAACUUUUGGGACUAAUUUACCAGGCGCUAAAAUUGGCUAUAACACAUGGUCACAGGAAGGUACAUAUAGAACAGGAGUUUGUGCACAAUUGCCUCAGUCAGCAUAUUUUGCACUGCAACUUCCUUAUUCAAUAUUUGGCUUAGAUAGAACACCAAAUUUUGUUGAUACACUUAAUGUUGGUCUCUCUGGGUACUCCAAAAGUUGGACUCAAAUAAUACCAAACUCACAAAUAGUUGUAAUUCCAGCUCCUCCUGAUGAUCCAUCUCAGUGGAGAGCACAGUUAUUUGUAACACCUAGUAAGGUCAUCCUGAAAAGUGUCUUUGUAUUGACUGCUAUAAUUAUUAUAAUAACAGCAUGUGUUUUGUACUUGCAUUGGAAAGAAAGAAAUGAUAGACAAGAUAUUAUAGAAAUUGAUGAAAAAACUUAUGUUAAAAUUUAG